AAGCAUCUUUUCUCCAUAAGAAAUCCCCACCCAUCCAAAUUUUCGUUGUUCGUUUUUUUUUUUUUCUUUUCAAUGGAGUUUUUAGCCCAACACCCACAGCAAGAACAAGAUCAUCAUAAGCAUGACCAAGAAGAAACAAACGCUACUAGUGCAACCACCAAAAAACGUUACAUGUUUCUUCUAGGAAUUAACUACAUGUUACUUUUUGUUGGUUCAAUUUCAUCAAGCCUACUCUCAAAAUUCUAUUUCAAUCACAAAGGUGAUAGUCGAUGGGUUUCUACUUGGGUCCAAUCUGCUGGCUUUCCCUUUCUCCUUCUCCCAAUAUAUUUACCUUUUUAUGUUUUUAAAUCCACUCAUAGAAAACCAUUUACAAGAUUCACUCCUAAAAUCUUGUUACUCUCUAUUUUAAUUGGCUUCUUGCUAGGUUUCAACAACCUUUUAUUUUCUUGGGGCAAUUCUUAUCUACCAGUUUCGACGAAUUCUCUUGUUUUAUCUUCACAACUAGCCUUCACUCUAAUCACUUCCGUGAUUAUAGUCAAACAAAAAAUCACAUACGCGAAUCUCAAUUGUGUUAUUUUACUAACAGUUAGUUCGGUCCUAUUAGCAUUGGGUUCGAGCCAUGACAAACCAAAUGGUUUGACGAGAACAAAGUAUUUUAUCGGAUUUUUCUCAACACUUGGUGCUGGAUUAAUGUUCGCUCUUUAUCUCCCCUUAAUGGAAACAAUAUAUAAAAAAGUUUAUUGUUAUUCUAUGGUUGUGGAAAUGCAGUUUGUGAUGGAAUUAGCAGCUACGGUUUUGGCUACGGUGGGAAUGACUAUAGACGGUGGAUUUUCGGAGAUGAAAAAAGAGAGUAAAAAUGUGUUCGAUUUGGGCGAAACAGCAUACUGGUUAACAGUGAUGUUUAAUGUGGUGACGUGGCAGUUUUGUUUUAUGGGUACUGCUGGGAUGGUGUUCUUGACAAGUUCGUUGACAGGGGGAGUCUGCAUGACAGCGUUAAUGGCCGCUAAUGUUUUGGGAGGGGUUAUAGUCUAUGGCGAUAAUUUUGGUGGGAUUAAAAUAGUUUCGACUUUGCUAUGUGUUUGGGGAUUUUCUUCGUAUUUGUAUGGAAUGUAUAUGAAAACGAAGGACGAGGAGAAAAAGAAAGAGGGUUCUAUGGAGAAGUUGAUUAAUAAUGAUGGUGAUCAUCAAGAAGAACAAGUGGAAAUGACAGAGAUUGUAACGCACAAAAAUUGAGGAUGAUGGUCAUGACUAUCAAGUUUCGUUUUUUGUUUUGAUGAUGGUAGUAAUAGUUGUCACCAUGCAUUUUUGUUUUUGAGCCAAUGUUCAAAUAUUGUCAUGUAUCCAAAUCUUCCAUUUGAAGACAAUCCCUUGUAACUAACAAGAAGGAGAAUAUAAUUGGGACAGAAAUGGUUGAGAAGAAAAGAGGAACUUUAUUC